AUGAAGGCACAGGCAGCUCUGUCUUUCUUCUUCAUUCUUAUAUCAUCUCUAUGUGGAUCUCAAGAUACGUUCUUUUUAGCUUCCAUAAGUCAUCUCUCUAUGAGUGAGCAAAUAGUCAUUGGAAGACUUGAUGAAGAUGUAAUUCUCCCUUGCUCAUUUGAGAGUGGGCCCGAUGUUGUAGUUCACUGGAAGAAUCAAGAUAACUAUGUUUACUCAUACUACAAAAACAGUGACCAGUUGGAAAAGCAAGAUCCCAGAUAUGUAAAUAGGACGUCCCUCUUCCUUGAUGAAAUUCACAAUGGGAAUGCCUCCCUAUCUUUCAAAAGAUUAAAGCUUCAGGAUGAAGGAACUUACAUAUGCUACAUGGGAACAUCACUUGGAAAAAUCAUAAACAAAGUGGUACUAAAAGUGGGAGCUUUUGUCACACCUGUGAUGAAGUAUGAAAAGAACACCACAAACAGCUUCUUAAUAUGCAAUGUGUUAAGUGUUUAUCCUUAUCCAAUUAUCACAUGGGAAGUGGAUAAUACACCAAUCUCUGAAAACAAUAAGGAAGAAAUCGGAUCUUUGGGUCCUUUUUAUAUUAACAGUAGAGUAAAUAUUACAGGAUCAAAUUCAUCUUAUCAAUGUGCUAUUGAAAACACAUUGCUGAAGCAAACAUGGACAGGGAGAUGGACAAUGAAAGAUGGCCUUCAUAAAAAUGAAAGGGAAAAUGUUUCACUCUCGUGUAAACCUGAAAACAGUUUUUUCCUACCAAAUGAAGAUUUCAGGGUCACUUGGUCCAGGGUGGACAGUGGGAAUUCUUUGGUCCUGGCUCACUUUCUGAACUCCUCACAAGAAACAAUUAUCAAUGAACCCCUACUUUCACGGAACAAAAUUCUGAUAAACCUGCAUGACUUCUCUUUGACUUUGAAGGAUCUUCGUCUUUCAGACAGUGGAGAAUACCUGUGCAACAUUUCUUCAAGCAAAUAUACUUUACUCACCAUCCAAACACUGUAUGUAGCUUAUAGACUUUUUGUUGAAGCAAGUCAAGGAACAGUUGUCGGAAUAAUUUCAACAUUGGUGGCAGUCAUGGUGGCAAUUUUGUUAACUCUAGCUGUUAAAUCAAGAAUAUGCAUGUCUUCCUACACAGCGGGGCAUCCAUCUACUGAUCAGAGAUCUAGCCAUGACGGUACUGCAUAAGAAAACGUGGCUCUUUCAGAAUAUUCAUUCAGUAAAGGAAGUGAAGACAGGAAUUGACAACACAGCACAAACAUCCUUAAUAUCCAGUGAUCUCACCUCCCCUUUCUUCACUGCGAUUCCAGCAAUGGCUUGUCAUGACCCAACAAUUCUGCCAUUGCAAAGACUUGUGAUAGUGGAAAGAGAAUAAUUACCUUCUUUCUCACGCCCUAAGAAUCAUUCAUUGACCCCCUACAUGCAUCAAGAUUAUAAAUGCCUGGAUGCCAAGGGUUCCAGUUCAGCUUGGAAAAGAACUAUCCCAUUCAUUUACAUUCCUGCUGCAAUCAGCCCAGGAGGCUACAGUGAGGUUUCCUCCAAGAACUCAGAAGAAAUGAAUCACUAAGAGAUGAUUCAAAAUCUGAUUAACUAAUGAUGGGUGAGUGGUAGAAGCAGAAGUCACUUUAGUGAAAAGGUGAAAAACCAGAGCCUAGAAAACAGGCAGUGGAUUUGCUAAAGUAUUGUACUCUAGUUUUAUAUGAAUGGUUAAUAUCAGUUUAAUCAACUAGAUUUAGUAUGGUGAGUCUUAGGAGCCCCAAAGAGUAAGAAUGUCAGUAUCUCUAAGACUACCCAGGGUGCAAAGGGCCCUAUCAACUCAAGAAUUGACAUCUCUGGGGUUGGGUUGUACCCUUCAACACCAGGGUUUGCAUAGCCGAGUGACCCUAGUUAUGAAGAUAAUUUGAUUUACUCUUUUGGCUCAGUUGUCAUAUUGUUAAUCAGAUUUCUAAUAAAUUUAGAUUUUCAUAAAUUUUAUGCAAGGAGAGAAUGGAUAAUUCAGCUGACUAGAUGAUCUGUUCUCAAUUUCAUCAUCAAUAUAAAAGAAAGAAAGCCAAACCAAGACUUUUGUUAACUUAUUCAAGUUUUUAACCAUAUAGCUUACAGGAGAAAACCAAUCCUCACUUGUGUAUUAAUACUACCUGAUCGAGAGAGAGGCAUGGACAUAUAUACACUACCAAAUGUAAAAUAGAUAGCUAGUGGGAAGCAGCCGCACAGC